GGAAGGGAAACCCCGCCGUCUUUCUGAUUCUUCAACCUCAUCCCAUCCGCCGAGCUCGGCGGCGUCUCGCCUCGCCGGCUCACCGCGGACCGGACGGAGCGAGUAGAAGAGCAACCAGGCAUCAGCCGUAGAGUGGAGGAAUCAAGGAAACGCUUAAAGCGGCGGUGACUCCGAGCCUCCCGUGCCGCGCUCCGCUCCUAGAUGAACAUACUCGAGAGGAUACGUGGGGGUGGCGACAGGGCGGCUGCCACGGAGCGGCCCCCGCCGCAGCCGGAGUUCUGGGUGGAGAUUUCGGAGUCCGUCUCGCGGCUCUGCAGCUUCGACGCUGUCGGCAGUGGCGGGGGCAGAAUCUCUGUAAAAGUUAUACAGGAUUCUAGACCUAUACAUGACAAAGUUGUUGAUUCUUUCUUGAACAAAUUUUUUCCAUCAGGUUAUCCAUACAGUGUGAAUGAGGGUUACUUAACUUAUACCAAAUUCCGAGCACUUCAGCAUUUUUCUAGUGCUAUGCUGCAUGUGCUGUCAACACAGUCUUUGUUAUUUGCUGCAGGUUUGCGACCUACCCCUGCACAAGCAACUGCUGCAAGUUGGAUUCUGAAAGAUGGAAUGCAGCACGCAGGGAAACUCAUUUGUAGUAGCAUGGGGGCAAGAAUGGAUUCCGAACCAAAGAGUUGGAGGAUACUUGCUGAUGUUCUCUAUGAUUUCGGUACUGCCUUGGAAUUUGUUUCGCCAUUGUGCCCACAACUUUUCCUUGAAGUAGCAGGCUUGGGAAAUUUUGCGAAGGGAAUGGCUGUUGUUGCAGCAAGAGCGACAAGGCUUCCAAUUUAUUCUUCUUUUGCCAAAGAAGGCAACCUUAGUGAUCUAUUUGCUAAAGGGGAAGCCAUCUCAACACUUUUCAAUGUCAUGGGGAUAGGAGCUGGAAUUGGAUUGGCAUCUACUGUAUGUUCAACAACUCAAGGAAAGUUAAUUGUAGGCCCGUUGCUUUCUGCCGUACAUAUAUACGGAGUUGUACAAGAGAUGAGAGCAACUCCUGUAAACACACUCAACCCACAAAGAACAGCAAUGAUUGUGGCUGAUUUUGUCAAGAGUGGCAAGGUUUCUAGUCCAGCUGAGCUGAGAUACAGAGAAGAUCUCCUAUUUCCUAACCGACUAAUAGAAGAAGCUGGAAGUGUGAAAAUUGGGCAACCACUUCGCAGAGUCUUGAGUCCAUGGCUCGUUGAACAGUUGAGAGCAACUUUCCCAAACGAGAAGUUUUUACUCAACCAAAAAAGCAACAAGACAUACAUGGUUCUUGAGCAAAGUGCGAGUGGAGAGGAUGCAUUCAGGGGGUGGCUGGUCGCCGCAUUUGCUUCGGAGAUGGAGAGGUCAGGCAUGGGUUCGCGUGACGCAGUGCUGAACGUAGCCUAUGAGAAGAUGGAGAGGGUUUUCCCCACUUUUGUAUCAGAAGUUAGGAGUAGAGGAUGGUACACAGACCAGUUUCUGGAUGGUAAUGGUAGUCGAAUUGCUUUUGCAAAGUUUCAGUAGUUGUUAUAGUUGAUGUUUUUGGAGGAAGAUGCCAAACCAUGAACUCAUGGAGGUCACCGUAGUCUAACUCUUCAGAGUUAUGGAGAUAAACUGGGCAAGCUUCACAGAUUAGAUUGUUCUCGGAACAUAUUUUUUCUGUCCGUUGGCUCUUCAUGCCAUAUAUGUUGAGUGUAGUUUGGGAUCAUUGAGAUGAACGAGUUUUUUUGCCACAA